AUGGGUUCGAGAUUCCCAUCUCAUCAGCUCAGCAACGGCUUGUAUGUAUCAGGUCGGCCUGAACAGCCGAAAGAAAGAACUCCAACAAUGAGCUCAGUUGCCAUGCCUUACACUGGUGGAGACAUCAAGAAAUCAGGAGAAUUAGGCAAAAUGUUUGAUAUCCCCAUGGAUGGUUCUAAAUCUAGAAAAUCUGGUCAGUUAAAUAGUGCUCCUUCACGGACUGGAUCGUUUGCGGGUGCUGCUUCACAUUCUGGACCUAUCUUGACAAAUACUGCAGCUCGUUCUAUUUAUACCACAUCAGGUAACAUAUCUUCUGGAGGCAUGUCUUCUUCUGUCUCCAUGAAAAAGACCAACUCUGGUCCACUGAAUAAACACGGGGAGCCUGUGAAAAAGUCAUCUGGACCUCAAUCUGGCGGAGUUACACGCCAAAACUCUGGUCCGAUUCCACCUGUUCUUCCUACGACUGGUCUUAUUACAUCUGGUCCUCUAAAUUCAUCUGGGGCUCCAAGGAAAGUAUCUGGUCCAUUAGAGUUUACAGGAUCAAUGAAAUCACAUAGCUCUGUAACUCACAAUCCAGCCACGACCACUCUAAGCGUAGAUGAUGAAUAUUCCUUCAGGAGGAACUUCCCAAAGCCAAUAUUGUGGUCUGUGAUUCUGAUUUUCAUUAUGGGGUUCAUUGCUGGUGCAUUUAUUCUUGGAGCUGUUCACAAUGCCAUUCUCCUAGUUGUUGUAAUUGUUCUUUUUGGUGCUGUGGCUGCAUUAUUCACGUGGAAUAGUUGCUGUGGGAGGACAGCCAUUGUUGGUUUCAUUUCUCGUUAUCCCGAUGCUGAGCUUAGAACUGCCAAGAAUGGGCAAUUUGUGAAGGUUUCUGGGGUGGUUACCUGUGGUAAUGUUCCAUUAGAGUCCUCCUUUCAAAAAGUUCCUAGAUGUGUCUAUACUUCUACUAGCUUGUUUGAAUAUCGAGGGUGGGAUUCAAAAGCAGCCAACCCAAAGCAUCGCUGUUUUACAUGGGGACUCAGAACAGCUGAGAGGCAUGUGGUGGACUUCUACAUUUCUGAUUUCCAAUCUGGACUUAGAGCAUUGGUUAAAACAGGCUAUGGGGCAAGAGUGACUCCUUAUGUCGACGAUUCUAUUGUAAUUGAUGUUAGCGCUGACAAUAAAGACAUGUCCCCAGAGUUCCUUCGAUGGUUGCGAGAAAGAAAUCUUUCAAGUGAUGAUCGAAUGAUGCAAUUAAAAGAAGGGUACAUCAAAGAAGGUAGCACAGUUAGCGUAAUGGGGGUUGUUCAAAGAAAUGACAAUGUACUUAUGAUAGUCCCUCCUCCCGAGCCUUUGACUACCGGAUGCCAAUGGGCUAAAUGUAUAUUUCCAGCUAGCCUUGAGGGUAUUAUUUUGAGAUGUGAGGAUACAUCAAAGAUUGAUGUCAUUCCAGUGUAG